AUGGAGUGCGGGCGGCAGGUGGCGAACUUCGGGGCUGGGCCGGCGAAGCUGCCGCGCUCGGUGUUAUUAGAAGCACAAAAAGAAUUGGUGGACUACAAAGGACUUGGUAUAAGUGUUCUUGAAAUGAGCCAUAGGACCUCAGAUUUCACAAAAAUUUUAAAUACAGCUGAGAAUCUCCUGCGUGAGUUGCUAAACAUACCAGGAAACUACAAAGUUAUUUUCCUCCAAGGAGGUGGAUCUGGUCAGUUCAGUGCAGUCCCACUUAAUCUUAUUGGUUUAAAGGAGGGAAGACAUGCAGAUUAUGUGGUUACUGGAGCUUGGUCAGCAAAGGCAGCUAAAGAAGCAGAGAAGUAUGCUGAAGUGAAUAUCGUUCAUCCAAAACUAGGAGCCUAUACAAGCAUUCCUGACCCAAGCACUUGGAAUCUUAAUCCAAAUGCAUCUUAUGUCUAUUACUGUGCUAAUGAAACUGUUCAUGGUGUGGAGUUUGACUUUGUACCUGAUGUCAAAGGAGCAGUCUUGGUUUGUGACAUGUCAUCAAACUUCCUGUCCAAACCUGUGGAUGUUUCCAAGUUUGGCGUGAUUUUUGCUGGUGCUCAGAAGAACGUUGGCUGUGCUGGAGUUACUGUUGUCAUAGUACGUGAGGACUUGCUGGGAUUUGCACUGAAAGAAUGCCCUGUAGUACUGGAUUACAAAACACAAGUCAUGAAUGGCUCUUUGUAUAACACUCCACCGUGCUACAGUAUUUAUAUCAUGGGAUUAGUACUGGAAUGGAUCAAGAAUAAUGGCGGAGCUGCAGCUAUGGAUAAACUUAGUUUAAUCAAAUCACGAAUGAUAUAUGACAUUAUAGACCAAUCUAACGGAUUCUAUGUGUGUCCAGUGGAGAAAAAGAACCGAAGCAGAAUGAAUGUCCCUUUUCGUAUUGGCAGUACCAAGGGUGAUGAAGCACUGGAAAAGAAAUUUCUUGAGAAAGCUGUGGAACUUAACAUGAUAUCUCUGAAAGGGCAUCGAUCUGUGGGAGGAAUCCGGGCCUCUUUAUAUAAUGCGGUGACUGUAGAAGAUGUUCAGAAGCUUGCAGCUUUCAUGAGAAGCUUCAUGCAGAUGCAUCAGUCAUAA